AUGGCAACGUUUAAAGUUUUCAAAGUCACUUUGAUUUACAACGUCAUAAAUGUCAAACAAUACGUGAAACAACUAAAGAAGGAGGAGAAGCAAGAAAAAAUUGAACACAUUUUGUUCAAAAGUUGGCUUACAAUGGAAAACCAUAACAUUUUAAGAAUUAGUCCCCAAACUGAAAAAACGAGUCAUCGAUUUAAACAAAACGGCUUUGAAAAACAUUUGCCGAAAUCCCAAAUGAAAAUACUCAACCGCAGUCCUUUAAAUAGUAAAAAAGGGAUUCGGUUUUUGAAAGAAGGGGGAAACGCAGAAGACUUCAUCUUCGCUUCUUUCAAAAGAAUAUACGUUAGUGCAAAUUUUAAACGUGGACAAAAAACGCCUUUUGUUUGGCGAGUGCACAAGCAAAAAGUACAGGAAUCAUGGAUGAUUCUGAUUGGUUUAAAAGUGGUCAAUGCGGUGAUUCGACCAAUCACAGGCCAAGGAUUGUUGAAGCAAUAA